CAGCUCCGCUGCAGCAGGACCACUCCGCAGCUCUGAGGACUUACUCUCUGAGGAACACCCGUGGCAUCAUGACUCUUGAAGAGGUUCUGAUCCAGAAACCGGAGCGCGCUCAGUGCACCGGGGAGGCCCUGGAGGAGGUUCUGGUGGCGGCUAAAGACAACGACUCCCUCACUGUGGGAGUUUACGAGAGCGCUAAAGUGAUGAAUCUAGACCCGGACAGCGUGUCCUUCUGCGUCCUGGCCGUGGACGAGGAGUUUGAGUGUGACAUCGCCCUGCAGAUCCACUUCACCCUCAUCCAGUCCUUCUGCUUCGACAACGACAUCAGCAUCGUCAGAGUCAGCGACAUGCAGCGUCUGGCCGACAUCGUGGGCGACAAGGCAGAGCAGCUGGAAGACGUGCACUGCGUCCUCAUCACGAACCCGGCUGACGGCUCGUGGGAGGACCCGGCUCUGGAGAAGCUGCACCUGUUCUGCGAGGAGAGCCGCCGUCUGAACGACUGGCUUCCUGAGAUCAGCCUCCCCGAGCGCUGAUCGCGCCCUCAGACCCGCUGAGCUUCUUGAUCUGGAAAUUCUCAUCCUGAUGAAGAGGAUGAGCCUGUUUCUACUCAUCAUCCCUGGAUGCUCCUGAGGAGGAUUCCCGUCCAGGCAGCACGGCGCCGGCCCCCGAGCGGGGGCCCCCGUGCACCGUCGCCUCUUGUUCCGUCCAUGCCCAGGUGACUCUCAUUCUUUCUGUGAAUGAGGUCGGGUGUGCCACAAGAGCGACACGUCGACCCUCAUUCUUUGUGCGGAUGAGGUUUGGAGAGGAAGGAGAAGCGACGCCUGCGUCCUGUGGUCCCGCAGAGCAGACGUCGCCCGUUGAAGCACGCGCAGCAGGAGAAGAAGCGGUGCUGAGGAGGAGGAGGUCACGGAGAGGGACUUUUCACUGGCCUCCUCUUGGCUGAGCAACAUGACAGCAGUUGCAGUCAGCGCAAAUGUUUCCCACUUUCCAGAUUUGUCUUAAUUCUCUAAAGGUUUCACUUUAGAAAUGUAGCAACGACAAAAACUAUCCUAAAACGAUUAGAAAACGUCGUUUUCUAAAGGUUUCACUUUAGAAAACGACUUCAGUAACUUAUUGUUGAAACUAGAAGAAUUUCCUGUAAAACAUUUACUGGGUGAUGGAGACAAACGUGUUUUAAAGACGAACAUCUGUCCUGAGAACUUCUGAAAAACGUAGAAAAGUAUUUUUUUUAGUUUUAUGGAGAAAAUGUGAAAUAAACUGAUCUAAAGCAUA